AUGCCGAAUGGCAGCACUACCGAAACGCGUGCUUCUGCGAAGCGUCCUCCGAAAAGGAUUGGUGUUUCCAAGACAACCCUGUUCUGCCGAACGUGUGAGAGAUGUCGUACAAAGAAAGUCAAAUGCAGCGGCGAUAGACCGCAUUGCAACUCUUGCGUGGCAUCAAAUCAGGAGUGCCGAUACCCAGAAGAUGCCCGUCGGUCCAACAGGACGACCAAGGCAGACACAAAAGCUCUACGCAACGAGAUUUCCAUAUUGCGGCAGUUCAUUUUUGAGCGUCAGCAACUGGAUUCGAGCGUUGAAGCGAGACUGGCGACGAGAACAUUACAUGAUGUCCAGCCUCCUGUCGCAAAGAGCUCAUCAAACCAUGCAAAUGUCAAUGUUGGCACGAGUUUCCCUACAUCCGAUACGGCUCCUACUUCUACCAAUGUACUUGAACCGGCAUCGGGUGAACUGCCGAUGUGCGGUCCAUCGCCUGAAGCAUUGCUAUCGGAUCCACAAUGCCGCUCGCGGAUCAAUACCAACCAGCCAAGGAGAGGCAGCAAUGGCACGCCAAGAUCGUCAGAGCAGGGGAGACAGAGUACAUCGCCUCAGAAUAUAUACAUAACCGGAACGGUGACCAACGAUGGCCAGGUACAAGCUUAUGGCGUGACUAGUACACUUCACGAGCCUCCUGCCCUGCUACCAGAGACCAAUACACCUGCUGAAGAUGAAGAAGACAAGAUUAUUCGUCAUCAGCUGAUCAGAGAUCAAUUAAUUUCCAAUGCUGUUAUCCAAAGACAAAGAGAAACAGCCAUCUUCUUGGGUCCACAGAUGCAGGCGACGAUAGAACUGGAUGGAGUGGCUCCCGACGUUGCUUUGCAUCUAUUCAACUUGCAUUGGAACCGACAGCAUUACUCCUACCUGCUGACAUAUCGACCGGCCAUCAUGGACAGUCUGAUGAAUGGAGGACCACACGUUAACAAGCUGCUCUUGAAUGCAAUCUACUAUUCCAGCUCCUUAUCGUGCGAUUCGGGAGACGGGUACUCUGCCACAGACAACCCACUUAGCACUCGCUUUUACCGUCGAUUCAAGGAGCUCCUGGUUGAUGAAAUCGAUCGGCCGAGUGUACCGACUGCUGUUGCAUUACUUUUAUGUGGUGCCAGCUUGGUGUCUCAUGGAAAACAAAGUGCGGGGUGGGUGUUGUGUGGCACUGCGUAUCGUAUGAUUAUCGAUCUCGGUUGUCACCUAAGCAUGGAAGAAGCGCAACAACACAAACCUCCCCUCAAAAUGACGACGAUUGAGUUCGAAAUCCGCAAGAGGGUGUACUGGGGUGCUUUCAUGAAUGAUAAGUUCCAGUCGCUAUAUCUCGGCCGCGCCCCUGCUCUUCGGUCGUCAGAAGCCCAGCUGCCCAAGGAGCUGCUUGACUCUUACGAAGAGUUGGAAAUGUGGGAGCCGUAUACUGGAAUUCUCGGACUUGGGUUGCCUGGUCGAGGCGGCCAACAAUCCUAUCAGCCUCAACCAGCAUAUGCCGUCAGCACCUUCACAUCGCUCUUGAAUCUCGCCGAGAUUGCGAGUAGAAUCAUUGACGCCUUUUAUUCUAAAGAAUGUUUAAGCGCCCCUACGGAAGCUAUGACGCAGGCAAAGAUUGAUUUAGAAGGUCGAUUAGAUGAUUGGCAGAGGCACUUGCCUGCCCAUCUAAAUUUCGACUCCGAUAGUGAUAGAUGUCCAGUCCCUCCACCACACCAGAUCACGCUGCACACAACAUUUUGGACCUUGAAUAUUCUCCUCGAACGUCCGUUCCUCAGCACCGGACACCUAAACUAUGUUUUUCACGCGACAUCUCAAGCAGUAGGCGAAGAGAAGUGUGCCACAUCUGUUUUCCGCAUAUGGAGUCUAGUUCGAGCUUACAGAAGCACAUUCACGCUAAGAAGGGCACCGUAUCUGCUAUGCUACGCUAUAUAUUCGGCUGUCCUGUUGAUCCUUCGGCAAACUCCCCAGAGUCGAGAAAGAUUCUCGGGAUGUGUUUCAUUUUUCUGGUCGGCCUUGUUGGACCUUCAACAGGGAUGUAAUGCGGGAUUAAAGAAGCCCCUCAACAUACUGAAAACUCUUGUGAGAAGGUUGGGCGAGGAAAAUCCUCAAAUUUUGGCCAUCUUGGGUGAGAGGAGAGCCAAGCAUUUUCCCAAUUCGGGCGAGUCUGGCACCCCAUUGAACGCGAAUCCCAGUGCCGCGCGUCUUGCUGAAAGUGGUAUUACGGGGUGUGAUCCUCAACAGCAGACUUUCCUAGACGAUGCCGAGAUGCUUGGAUCUCUGUAUGGCGACAUGGGGAGCCUUGAGCAAUGGCUAAGCACGGAUAUUGACGAUGGCGGCUUACUCGAUGAUUCUAUGUACGGUCUCUUUACGUCUUAA